AGAAGUUUUGUUAGGUAAUUUUCAACCAACACAUAUAAGUUAAGCGUAGACGGUCUCUCCACAUGCUAGAAUUAACAGCCAAAUUUCUUAAAUUUUAUUAUUAUUUCACAUAAACGAAAAUAUAUCAAAUGCGCAAAAUUUUGGGAGAGGUACGAUAUAAGGUGGCGAGAUUUUUCUUUUUUUCUUUUUAAUACGAAUUGAAUUCGUUUCAGAAUGUGGAAUACAAUAAAAAACGAAGGGUGGGACAGCUAUUCCGUCCGGAACAUACUUGAGCAUUUGGCGGAGUUUUGAUCGAGACCUACAUUUAAUUAGUCAUGGAUUUUGUUAUUUUUUGAUAUUUUCAGAAUAUGUUUGUGAAUUGGCGUUGAUCUUUGUGAUUUUCGUCACUGUAUACAAUUAUCUUUAAAACAAUUUUUGAUAUAUCAUAUAGAUUGCUCUUAAUAUUUCACAGGCUUAUACGCCUCGUUCCAACUACUCUGUUUAUUGCCUUCACUUGAAAACGUAAACUUCGUUUCGUUUGCGUUUUUGUUUCUAGCUUCAGUUUUGCUCGUUGCAUUGCUAAGAGUUUCCACUGAAACAUCAUAUUCACAGUGAUAUUGCAAUUUCAGAAAAUGCCAAUUAUAUACAUAAUAUUUGGCCUGAUUAUCCACUGCGUUCCUUACACUUCUUCUGCUAAGGAAACUGAUAAGGAAUUAAUGCUCAUGAAAUACAGGUCAAGGAAGCAUGCUUGGGAAAACUUCUUUAUGAGCUGGGAAAGAUGUUCGGACAUAGAAGAAUUCGAGCAAAAACUGGCCUAUUCUCAUAUGAUAAUUAUGGACGCUAUGGAAAAAGUUUGGGAUGAACCGUAUAUAAAACGCACACUACUGUUUCCUAUUUACCACUUCAAACAAUAUGAAAAAAAGACAUUUAGAAAUGCCAUCGAAUGUUUUCUGGUGACAUUUGAUGAUCCAUUUGCCAUUCCGAAGGACACUUCGGAGGAUAAAAAAUCUAAUCGCACAGAACUAUCUAGCAGGAGCAAACGCGCCAUACCUGCUCUUGGAACAUUGGCAAUAAAGGGUUUAAGUGAAAUUUUUAUAGGUUUCUUAGGAAAUAUUGCAUCUGAGGGCCUCACAGGAUUCUUAGGUGUAGGAGAUAAUAAAGAUGACAGCAGCAGCGCAACUGAAUUGCCAGAUGUCAAGGAUUGGAAGGAUAUGAAAAUGACAGAGGAUAAGAUCACUGUUGUUCUCCUAGGAGACAGGCGUUUUUUGAGAUCUUUCAAGUUUGUGAUAGAAGAUUUCCAACAAUAUAAGCUGAAAUGUUUGGACAACAGUAAGAGAAUGACCACUGAGGAGCACAAGUUCUGUGGCAUCAAAUCCCAUGACGAGUCGGAUCCUCCUGAAAGUGGUGCGAUUGCGAAAAUACCCCCCACGUUCUCAUUUACAGCACUUGUUAUCUACACUCUGUUUCUUGUAUGCACAUUUUAUUAAAAUAAUGAAAUUAUGAAAUUCUAAACUUGAUUUACGUAAUUUUUAAAAAUAAAAUUCCUCUUUUCUCUCUAUAUCAAAUCUCUAUAUAUCAAAUCAAAUAUAAACAUUUGAUUUGAUAUAUAAAUUAGGUAACUUUAAGCUAACAUCACCCUUUCAGCGCAUUGUUUACAUUAUUUACAUUAUUUACAUUUGAGGGCAUUUGUCCUGAUCUUGUUUGUUGUUAACACAACGUUUCGGCUUAUAUACCCUCCAGCCUUCAUCAAGUCUGAGUCUCUACAUAUACACAGGAAAGUUAAAUAAUGUAAAUAUGGUAAAUAAUGUACAUAAUUACAACGUAAGUUUUAAUUCUUACACUUCAAUAAAUCAUAAUUUUUACAUGUUGCUUCCGUCUUUUUUGUUAACACAUCAAGAAAUAAAAGACCUUUCCAACUGAAAGUAUAUUUACAGGUUUUCAA